GGUCCACCGGGUGUCAGAGGACCUGAGGGCGAAAUCGGACCAGAGGGUAUCCCUGGGCCUACUGGACCAGAUGGUGGAAAGGGUGAGACAGGUCCGAAGGGACCAAAAGGCGCCUAUGGUGCGGUGGGUCCUAUGGGGCCGCCUGGACAAAGGGGCGAGCGUGGUCCAACAGGUUUAGAGGGUGAACGCGGACGCGCCGGUCCUAAGGGAGCUCAAGGACCGCCUGGACCUACCGGCAACCCUGGCCCACCUGGUGACCCCGGCCCGCCUGGUCCCGAAGGACCUAUGGGCGUUCAUGGACCUGUUGGACCUAGCGGUCCACGCGGUCCGAAGGGCAAACCAGGCCCUCAGGGUCCUCCCGGUCCUCCUGGUCCCGUAAAGAUCCUCGACCUCACAGCCGGAUACUUCAAAUUCGAACCUGGUCGCACCAGGAGAAGCAUCAACGAAGAUGAGCUCUACGAUAUGAAGGAUCCUGAUGCCAACCUCUUCCCCAACAAUGUACCAGCUAUAGGCGCAGUAUUGCGUCGACUUUACGCACGCAUUGAAAGUCUAGAGUCGGCGGUAAGGUACCAUCGACGCCCCAUUGGUACGCGCGCUUAUCCAGCGCGUCACUGCCGCGAGAUCAUGGAAUCCACAGACUCGCCGCAUGAGCCCGUCUCCGGUGAGUACUGGAUUGAUCCCAAUCUUGGCUCAAGUCGCGAUGCAAUCAAGGUGGAAUGCAAAUUCUCUGGCAAUGUUGCCAAGACUUGUGUCCAUGCUACACCUGAGUCCAAGGCGCUCCGUCUGGUUAACUUGAAGAAGAGCGGUGGCGAAGGCAGCUGGUGGUUCUCCAAGCUCCUCGAAGGGAACACCAAUGGUACUCAGCGUCUGUUCUAUGCACCUCGAAACCAGUUGAACUUCCUGCAGUUACUGCACCGCCGGGCAGAGCAGUCGAUUACGGCACUUUGUCGUGGCUCUGUUGUCUACUACGAUAGCCGCAACAAGAACUACGACUCUGCGGCCAACUUGCUCCUCUUUAAUGGCAAGGUAAUCAACACCCAUCUUGAUCGACGAGUACGCGGAGAAGGAGGUUUCGUUCAGUUGGAAGUCAAUAUCAAGGAUGAUUGUAUGGAUCGCUCACCCACCGGCUCGACGGCUAGCUUCGACCUAGUUGCCAAUCACCCGGAGCUUCUGCCCGUCAUGGACAUAAAAAUGUUCGACUUUGGCGAGGAAAACCAGCAGCUUGGUUACUACGUCAACGAUGUCUGCUUCUCCUAG